ACACAGGAAAUGGUGAACAGCUAUAUGAAUGUCCAAUGUGCAGUCUUACCUGUACAAACAUUCAGAUUCUUGAAGAACAUGUGGAUCUACACUUAGAGGAACAUAAGUUUUCGGAAGAUGGAAACAUAAGAGAUCUAGAACUGGCUCAACGGCUCCAAACCGAAGAAGAUAAACGGCAGAGAUCAGCUGAAGAGAAGCGAGAGAGGGAAGAAUUUAAAAAGCUGCAGAGACAGUAUGGCUUGGAUAAUUCUGGAGGCUACAAGCAGCAAUUUGUAAAGAAUAUGGAAAGGGAAGUUGAUAGAGGAAGGAUGCAGCCUUUUGAAUAUCACAAGAGAAAAGCUGACAUGAUGGAAUGUUUGGCUUUUGGUAUAGAUGAUGGGAAAACAAAGACCUCAGGAGUCAUCGAAGCAUUGUGCAAGUACUAUCAGAACGAAAACAAAGAUGUGAGGCAUGUAUGGCUUUCAACAGGAGUAGAUCACUUCCACUCAUCUCUGGGCGACAGAGGCUGGGGUUGCGGUUACAGGAAUUUCCAAAUGCUCCUUUCCUCACUGGUGCAAAACAGCUUGUAUAAUGACUGCUUGAGAGAUACUACACUAAUUCCUAGUAUUCCAAAGAUUCAGUCCAUGAUUGAAGAUGCCUGGAGAGAAGGCUUUGAUCCUCAUGGGGCAUCUCACUUCAACAACAGAUUACAUGGUUCCAAAGCAUGGAUAGGAGCAUGUGAAAUUUAUUCACUCUUAACCAGUCUCAGGAUAAAGUGUCAAAUCAUUGACUUUCACAAACCGACUGGCCCUAUGAGUACACACCCUCGUUUAUUUGAGUGGGUUUUGCGUUACUAUUCUACAGAUAAUGAAGGUGGUCCAAAAGUAGUGUGUACUUCCAAGCCACCUAUCUACUUGCAACACCAAGGUCAUAGUCGUACUGUUGUUGGAAUAGAAGAGAGGAAGAAUAAAACCUUAUGUUUGCUACUGUUUGACCCGGGAUGUCCUUCCCAAGAAAUGCAGAAACUGCUCAAACAGAACAGUGAUGGUACUAGUCUCAGACUACUUCGGAAAUUUGUGGGUGGCUUAAAAGAAAAGCAAUACCAGAUAGUGGCUGUAGAUGGUAUACUCUCACUGGAAGAGAAAGCUGCUCGUUGCCAUGCUUCUGAGGUCUUAACAUCAGAGAAGAUUCCUUAA